AUGACGAUUUACUUUGCUUAUGGGUUGACAAAGUUCAGUAGCGUGCAGGAAGCUACAGGCAGCGUGCAUGAGCAGGGUAACGCCGACACCCGGCUGGGCUGCGAGCCGGCCCGCUCGGACGCCACCACCGCCAUCACGGUGCGCCGGACGGACAGCCUGCUGUCCAGCGAGGAGCUGGCCGUCAUCAAGUACAAGGAGGACCCUCUGCACUUCGUGGACGCGCUCCGCUGGGAGAGUCGCCUCUUCUUCCCCUACUACAAGUUGCGGGCCACGCUGGGUGUAUCUGGACUGCGGCUGGAGGGGGCUCCUAGACAGGGAGCGGAGGGCUGGUGGGUGGGUGUUUUCCGCCACAGCCACAGCGCGAAGGCCUGGAACAGCACCGCCGUCUGCAUCUUCGGGAUGGAGGAGAUGAGCGAGCAAGCCUGCGUGUCCACGCACUUCCUCGGGGACGGGAACCUUUGUGAGGCACGAUCAAUCAAAAAGUUGCCUACCUUGAUUCACUCUGGUUUCGUGGCUGUUUAUGGCACGGUUGUUUUGAAUCAGAUAGUUCUGUUUCUGGGAACAGAUGAUGGACAGCUACUGAAGGCUAUUCUUAAUGAGGAUAUGGAAUCUAAUUGCCCAGAGGUUUUAUAUGAAAUUAAGGAAGAAACUUCCAUUUUCCCCAAACUUCGACUUGAUCCUGUAGAUAGUAACUACAUCUAUUUGUCCUCUGCUAGUAAGGUGAGAAGAAUACCAGUUGCAAAUUGCGGUAGAUAUGUUUCCCAGCAAGAAUGCUUAUCUGCAAAGGAUCCUUACUGUGGGUGGUGUUCUUUGAAUCAAAGGUGCACAUUAAAAGAAAAUUGUGCACAUUCAAACAGCACAAAGGGUUGGUAUAACAUUUCACAUGCACCUGAUAAAGAUCUGAAAAUCCUGCUAAGUUUCCCUGCCAGAAAUCAGGUUACUGUGGCUGCAAGUAUAAGUAAAAUCCUUACUUCUUGUAUGGUGAAAAUUAUAAAACCUAUUGAAAUAAUUUAUGAAAAUGUAAUGCUGAAAAACUCAUCCUGUUUCUGCAAUCUAACUACACCAGUGAUAACUGAUAAUGAUUGUCUAGUUCUCGAAGCGUCGCUGUCCUCAAGCUCUUGGAACAUCACACAAACAUUUCAGUUGAAAAACUGCUCACGAUGUAUACACAAGGGUGAGUGUGCCAGCUGUAAAAGGAAGCGUGUCUCUCCUGCCACUGCCUGCCAGGAUAGUUGUAAUGCAGAAGCCACUGCUGCUUCCAAGGGGAACACCACUGCACAGAAAUCAGAGCAUAUCAACAUUCAUUCCAUUGAGCCUUUGUGGAUUUCUACAUUAGGCAAAAGUGAAUUAACAGUCAAAGGAGAAAACUUUACACGUGCAUCAGGCAUAAAACUGAUACUGACUGGGAUCAGUGGCUGUAAACCAGAAAUCAUUCAAGUCAGAAACGUACUAAAUGAUACACAAAUGACAUUUGCUCUCCCACCAACACGCAAAGAGGCCAAAAGCAUAUGCAUACAGGCUGAUGGGAGAAAAUGUUCACCACCAGUGACGCUGCAUUAUGUUUCACUGCCAUCAUGUUUUGGAAUCACACCAAAUACCUCCUGGAUCAGUGGUGGUCGCAGAAUAACCACAUCUGGUAGAAAUUUUAAUGUGGUGGACAGUGUGAUUAUUUCAGAUGACCAGAGACCAAACCUCACCGUCUCUAGGUUUCCUGGAAAUGAAUCUGAAUAUAAUUACUUAACGCCAAGUCUGAGCCAUGCAAAAGAGGGAAAAGUUGUUGAUAUGAUGUUAAAAGUAGAAACUACCUUUAUACCGUGUGUCAAGUUACACUACCACCCUGACCCAGUGUUCAUUAACUACCAGCUGCACACUGAACUGGAUCCUGAUCUUGAAUUAAAAAUAUAUAAAGAAAAUGACAACUUGAAUAUUUCCAAAACCGAGGUAGAGGUCUAUCUCUCUUACAUGAGUGGUGCACAAACCAAAAAGAUAUGGUUCAGUGUCCAAAAUAUUACCGAAAAACCUGACCGCAGCACCAUAUUGUGCAAAUUCAAAAGGGAAGGAACUGACAAGAUUGAUUUUUCCACAGUAAAAGUUUUUGUCAAAUUAGGAAAUUUUGAGCAUGAAGUCAAACCAACAUCAUCACACAUAUAUUUGUACGUCCUUAUUUUACUACCUAUUGUAGUGGGUGUCAUUAUAGCGGCAUUCAUAGUUACUAGAUACAAAUCCAAAGAGUUAACGCGUAAACAGAGUCAGCAACUUGAACUGUUGGAGUAUGAGAUUCGGAAGGAAAUACGCGAGGGAUUUGCUGAACUGCAGAUGGAUGAAUUAGACGUGGUGGAUAGUUUUGGAACUGUUCCCUUCCUUGACUACAAACACUUCGCUCUUAGAACUUUCUUUCCAGAGUCAGGAGACUGUGCAUCCAUCUUCACUGACGACAUGCCACAGAGGAGAGACCAAACGCGCAAGGAUGAAAGCUUCAACAUGUUGCAUGCUUUAAUUUGUAACAAGAACUUUCUUGUUACUCUCAUUCACACCCUUGAAAAGCAGAAAAAUUUCUCUGUGAAAGACAGGUGCUUGUUUGCAUCUUUCUUGACUAUUGCACUACAAACUAAGCUAGUUUAUCUAACCCAUAUUCUGGAAGUGUUGACGAAGGACUUGAUGGAACAGUCAAGCAACGUCCAGCCUAAACUCCUGCUCAGACAAACAGAAACUGUGGUAGAAAAGUUGCUGACAAACUGGAUGUCUGUCUGCCUUUCUGGUUUUCUCCGGGAGACAAUUGGUGAACCUUUCUAUUCGCUAGUGACAACCCUCAAUCAGAGGAUAAACAAAGGCCCCGUCGAUGCAAUAACGUGCAAGGCCCUGUACACGCUGAACGAAGACUGGCUGCUGUGGCAAGUGUCUGAAUUCAAAGCAGUGACAGUGAACAUCAUCUUCGAGAAAAUCCCAGAAAACGAGAGUGGAGAUGCCUGUCAAACUAUCCAAGUUAAUGUUCUGGACUGUGACACCAUAGGGCAAGCCAAGGAGAAGAGCCUUCAGGCAUUUCUUAAUAAGAAUGGCUUUCUGUAUGGUCUUCAGCUGGAUGAAAUUGGUUUUGAACUGGUAUCUGAGGAGCAACAAAGAGAAUUGUUAGAUAUUGAUGCUUCCUCGGAGACGAUGGAUGAUGGGAUAAGGAGGCUCAACACCAUCGGUCAUUAUGAGAUUUCAAAUGGAGCAACUAUAAAAGUCUUUAAAAAGAAAACAAAUAUCCGAUCAGAUGUGGACUACUCUGACCAACACUGUCAUUUGAUUUUACCAGACUCUGAAGCAAACAAAGAUGUGAAAGGAGCAGGUCACAAAGGAAAGCAAAAAUUCAAAGUGAAAGAAAUGUAUUUGACAAAGCUUCUGUCGACCAAGGUCGCAAUUCAUUCAGUUGUUGAAAAGCUCUUCAGAAGCAUUUGGAGUUUACCUAACAAUAAAGCACCUGUUGCCAUCAAGUACUUUUUUGACUUUCUGGAUGCCCAGGCUGAGAGCAAAAAAAUUACAGACGCUGAUGUGGUUCAUAUAUGGAAAACCAACAGUCUUCCUCUUCGCUUCUGGGUGAAUAUACUGAAGAAUCCCCAAUUUGUCUUUGAUAUUAAGAAGACUGCACACGUAGAUGGCUGUUUGUCUGUAAUCGCACAAGCUUUCAUGGAUGCCUUUUCUCUAGCAGAACAGACACUGGGGAAGGAAGCACCAACAAAUAAACUGCUCUAUGCUAAGGACAUUCCACUCUACAAGAAAGAGGUGAAAGCAUACUAUAAAGCCAUCAGGGAUCUGCCUCCGUUGACCACUUCAGAAGUUGAAGAAUUUUUAACUCAGGAAUCGAAGAAACAUGAAAAUGAAUUUGAUGAGGAAGUGGCCUUGAUUGAAAUCUACAAAUACAUAGUGAAAUAUUAUGAUGAGAUCGUCAGCAAACUUGAUCGAGAACGGGGAUUUGAAGAAGUCCAGAAGCAGCUCCAACAAGUAAAAGACUUAUUUGACGAAAAGAAAAAAUGCAGAUGGAUUUGAGCAGAGCACUGACUCACGGCAUCACUGUGAGGCAUUUUAAAUAGGUGCUACUGCUCCCAAAACAGUUUUGAAUUAUUAUAUGUACAGGGUUCAAAAUAUUUGGACACUUUUUUCCACUCUGACCAUACCAAGUAAUAUCUAAGUUUGGGAAUGAAUUAUGGGCAGGGUUAGAUAUUCAAAUGUGGGCAUGUAAAAGUGAAAGUGAGUCUAGCAUUGGCAUAGCCAGCCUUUUUUGGUCCUUGAACACAUGCAUCUUUGGGAUCAAAAAACUUCCGCUUGCUUAAAAACAAACCUGUAGAUGACACACAAAACAUACUGCAAGUUCAGAGCUGCCCACGUGAACUUGUAAGUUGCUUACCUCUGUUUUUAAGAGAGAAAGCUGAUGUUUUGCCACAUCCUUUCAGCAGCCUUGGCAAUCUGUGAGGAUGAGCUGUCGAGCUUCAGAAUAUGGGUCAGCUGCAGUUUCUUUCCUUUCCAGAAACAUGUACAGUUCUUGUUUGUUUGAAGAAAACAAACAAAAAAAACAAACAAAAAACAGCACCGAAGUGACACUUAGGACACGUUUGUGCCGCAAAAAAAAAAAAAAAAAAAAAAAAAAGCAGGUCUCAGGUUUGAAGUGCAACUGCCACUUGGCCUUCUCGUCCUUAGUUUAGGAUCUGCAUGUGCAAAUAAAUGCAAAGCCAACCACAGAGCAAGGGGUGAGGCUUCUGGAGAAAGAAGCUGGAUGAGCAUCACUCUGUGUUUACAUUUUUGCCUUUCCAUCCUUAAAUAAGCUGUGAAACACUUGUGAGCAGCUUCACACCCGAAACCUCUGUGCAGCUGCACUGCAUCCGAACACCUUUGUGGGUUGAUGAUCCAGCUGGCGCUGGCUGCACUUUGGUGCACAGCCCUGUGCUCAGGUGCAUGAUGCACAGGCCCAUGCAUCAGUGCUGACAGUCCUGGCCAGUCUUGCCAUCCGUAUAUAAGGGUCUCACAGACCCAAAGCCAGCACUUCCCCCCUCACUCCCCGAGGCUGGCGAGGAUUUCUUAGAAUUUAUUUUUGGCCAACUGUCUGCCUUAGUCCUGCUGGGGUGUCUUCUGAGGAAUUUUUUUUUUUUUGGGGGGGGGGGUGGACAGAGGGGAGGAGAAAUGCCGUUAGGUUUGCAUCGCUGGCUAAGGUCAGCCCAACUGAGAGAUGGGUGCACAGCCAUUCUGGUUAAAAUGGGCUGGAGCAGUGGCUGCUGGGCAAAGACCUAUGGAGGAAGAGCCACGGCUCUGGCACCAGUGCAGCACAAGUCUAGUCCUGCCUCCUGCCACUACAGCACUGAAGUAUCUUGUGGCCACAUCCUCUGUUUCACUUGCCUCGAUGGCUUGGAGGCACUUACUAAGGCUUUCACCUGCCCUUCGCUUUGCAAUGAGGCUUCGCUGACAAGCUGCUCAGCUACAAAAGCCAUGGAACGAGAAAGAUGAUUGUUACAUUUUCCCCGGUGAUCCCCUGCUUGCAGGCGCCUGGCACGGCUGUGGCCCACAUGCGGGUGGCGAGUCCUCCAGUGCCUUGCAGCAGCGAGGGAGCCACAGGCGGUGAAUUGUGCAGGUGGCCCAAGUGUCAGUACAGAAAGCACAUGCUAGGGCUGUGGGUAGGCAUGGCUCGCCGGGGGCUCAGAGCCUUUGUUACCUCCUACCACGGCUCGGGAGGAGCCCAGAUCCUGCCGUACAACGGUGCGGUAAAGCAGGCUGUUUUGCAAAUGCUAUGCGAAGUUGGCCUGGCCCGAUGGCCAAGGCCAUGGAAUGGUAACCAGCGCUGGCUGGAGCGCGGCCGCCCCCCUCUCCCUGCCCUCUGAUUGCACACGUUGUGCCGCUGGCAUAGCAGCGAGGGGAGCCACCAAGCUAUACCCUGAUGGCUUUUUUUUUUUUUUUAAAGCCAAGUUUUUUCACUUGAUACUAAGUUUACACUUUAUACUUGAUGAUAGAAUGUAUGGUUUUGGUCAGGAAACUGCACUACAGUGUUGCAGUACUUUCAGCAGUUCCCUUCUUUCCUGUUAUGGCACAAUAUAGUGUAGUGAGUUUAAUUUUAAGAAAAAAAAAAAAAAACACAAAAACUAACCUCUCUUGCCCUCUGUUGCAAAGAAGUGGACCAUGGCUUGAGUAGCACUUAAGCUUAGAAUACCUGUACUUAAACAAAGGGCUCUGAUCUUAACAUCCUUAACCUAACCUUUUAAAACAGCAUAAAGAAAAAAAAAAAAAGCACAGUAAUUACUAUUAAAGGACAGACAUAAGUAGUUUACUCUUUCUGGUUAGCCAGGUGUCUCAGAAAUUCAGUUCCAUUUCAGGUGUUUACUGGCAGUGUAGUUGAAGGAAACGUGAUAGUUUUGUUCAACAGUAACUUUCUGUACAGGCAGAAAAAAAAAAUUCUGCUUGAAAAAAGUUGUAAAAUAUAAUCUGUUUGCGUGGGUCAGAUCCUGUGAACCUCACUGUAUGUGGUGAUAUGAUGAGAAAAACGAAAACCAGUCCUAUUUGUAUUUGUACUACUGCUUGUUUGCUACAAUAGCUUUAAUGGUUUCUAGAGAUGUAAGUAUGUGUUAAAGCAGGUAGCGUAGCUUUAGCCUACAGCCUGGUAUAGGAUUUAUUGCCUUUUUUUUCAAGCGUCCUAAACUGCUUCACUCUGUUAGUCAGUCAUGUAAAGUCAUGCUGGAACUUCCCAACCCGUAAAGUGGAUCUCACAAAGUGAUGUGAAGUAGAAUUAAGUGACUGUAGCUCUUCUGGUAGGUUUUGGUCAGCACAAAAGAACAGAGGCAUACACAGACUAUUUGCAGUCCACUGUUACAUGGAGAAAAAAGGAACAAUCUGACUAAAGCUAUAUUGUGACAACCCAAUAAUUCUAAUAUUUCCUGAAAUGAAAACAAACUAAUCUAACUUAUUUUCACAUGUUUACAGGCAAACUGCUAUUGCAAACAGUAUAUUUUCUAACACUAGCUUACAAAGCAUUAUUUUGCAGUCAUCUAGUGUAAAGUCAAAUCCUACUAAUGUGUAAAGUAAUUCCUGUUGUACAGAAGUUAUCUGUUGUUUAAAAUGAAUGGUUAAAAAAGUGCAAAUGAGAAAUACAUGUUGGUGUUUGUAUGGGUUUAUUUAGAAUAAAAUGCAUUUGAAGGUUA